AGCCAGGCGAGCGGCGGUGUCCGCGGGCGACGCGAGAGGACGGUCGGAGCCCGGAGGCUCGCGCGGCGCCAUGGCCCCCAUUGGCCUCAAAGCGGUGGUCGGAGAGAAGAUCAUGCAUGAUGUGAUCAAGAAGGUGAAGAAGAAGGGGGAGUGGAAGGUGUUGGUGGUGGAUCAGCUGAGUAUGAGGAUGCUGUCCUCCUGUUGCAAGAUGACGGACAUCAUGACAGAGGGCAUAACCAUUGUGGAAGAUAUCAACAAGCGCAGGGAGCCGCUGCCCAGCCUGGAGGCCGUGUACCUCAUCACUCCGUCCGAGAAGUCCGUCCACUCUCUCAUCAGUGACUUCAAGGACCCACCGACUGCCAAGUACCGGGCGGCGCACGUGUUCUUCACCGACUCUUGUCCAGAUGCCCUUUUUAAUGAGCUGGUGAAGUCGCGAGCAGCCAAAGUCAUCAAAACUCUGACGGAAAUCAACAUCGCGUUUCUCCCGUACGAGUCCCAGGUGUAUUCCUUGGACUCUGCUGACUCUUUCCAAAGCUUCUACAGUCCCCACAAGGCUCAGAUGAAAAAUCCCAUACUGGAGCGCCUGGCAGAGCAGAUCGCAACGCUGUGUGCCACCCUGAAGGAGUACCCGGCUGUGCGGUAUCGGGGGGAGUACAAGGACAACGCCUUGCUGGCUCAGCUAAUCCAGGACAAGCUCGAUGCCUACAAAGCUGAUGACCCAACAAUGGGGGAGGGCCCGGACAAGGCACGCUCCCAGCUCCUGAUCCUGGACCGCGGCUUUGACCCCAGCUCCCCUGUGCUUCACGAGCUGACCUUCCAGGCUAUGAGUUACGACCUGCUGCCUAUUGAGAAUGACGUGUACAAGUAUGAGACGAGCGGCAUCGGAGAGGCACGGGUGAAGGAGGUGCUCCUGGAUGAGGACGACGACCUGUGGAUAGCGCUGCGCCACAAGCACAUCGCCGAGGUGUCCCAGGAAGUCACCCGGUCUCUGAAAGACUUCUCUUCUAGCAAGAGGAUGAACACCGGGGAGAAGACCACCAUGCGGGACCUGUCCCAGAUGCUGAAGAAGAUGCCCCAGUACCAGAAGGAGCUCAGCAAGUAUUCAACCCACCUGCACCUUGCUGAGGACUGCAUGAAGCAUUACCAAGGCACCGUAGAUAAACUCUGCCGAGUGGAGCAGGACCUGGCCAUGGGCACAGAUGCCGAGGGGGAGAAGAUCAAGGACCCCAUGAGAGCCAUCGUCCCCAUUCUGCUGGACGCAAACGUCAGCACCUACGACAAGAUCCGCAUCAUCCUCCUCUACAUCUUCCUGAAGAAUGGUAUCACCGAGGAGAACCUCAACAAGCUGAUCCAGCACGCCCAGAUCCCCCCGGAUGACAGUGAGAUCAUCACCAACAUGGCGCACCUGGGCGUGCCUAUUGUCACUGAUUCCACGUUGCGCCGCAGGAGCAAGCCUGAGCGGAAGGAGCGCAUCAGUGAGCAGACCUACCAGCUCUCACGAUGGACCCCGAUUAUUAAAGACAUCAUGGAGGACACAAUUGAGGACAAACUGGACACCAAGCACUACCCUUACAUCUCCACUCGCUCCUCGGCCUCCUUUAGUACCACUGCGGUCAGUGCCCGCUAUGGACAUUGGCACAAGAAUAAGGCCCCAGGGGAGUACCGCAGUGGCCCCCGCCUCAUUAUUUUCAUCCUUGGGGGCGUGAGCCUGAACGAGAUGCGCUGUGCUUACGAGGUGACCCAAGCCAGCGGGAAGUGGGAGGUGCUGAUAGGAUCCACGCACAUCCUCACCCCACAGAAGCUGCUGGACACCCUGAAGAAGCUGAACAAAACAGAUGAAGAAAUGAGCAGUUAAAAACUCAGCCGCCCUCCACAACAGGACCCUCCCACAGUGCUCCGCGGCCCGCGCCCACCUCCUCUGCUGACCCCCUGUCCGUUGCCUCCCUGCUCUGCACGCCCUGGCCGGCCCUGUUGCCGCUGCGUUCUUGUGUUAUUGAUGCCCUCUUCUUGUUUGAAACAAAAGAAAACCAUGCAUUGUGUUUUUUAAAGAGUAUCUUCUGUAUGUACCUAAAAGGACAAGCGAUGCGCUGCAGAAGUCUGCGAGCUGCCGGGAGUGAGUAGACGGCCCCUCCCCAUGGUCUGGGACUCCGUGACCUUGUACAUAACCGGCUUGGCGCAUGCAGAUUGCUUGAGUCUGGAAAGGCAGCAGCUUGGUGUCUGACAGACUGGUGUGGCCCGUUCGCGUUCUUGAGAGUCACCGAGCCGUCCCUGCAGAGGACGCGCGGUGGCCUGCACGCGUUCCUCCCCCGGCCCUGGGGCCUGCUCUCAUCCAGGUCAGCUGGGAAGUGGCCCUCUCGGGACACCUCGCAGCACCCGAGGUGGAACUGACCCCUUUGCUUUCGCUGGCAGCUAUGUGCCCAGUGGCACUGCUGUGGGUGGGGCUGAGGGUUCCAUGGGAAGCCAGGCUGGGUGUCCACGACCUGUCACUGCCCCCUGCUGGCCCGUGUGCACAAGGUGUGCACAAGGGAAGUCUUGGUGCCCAGAGAAGCAGAAAGCAGACUUGCACCAGAGAUCUCGGUCUCCCUCGGAGAAACGCUCGGGCACAAUGCUGUCGGCCGGACCCCUCCCUUCCCUGGCGUCACCGCACUCGCCGCUUCCCCGAGUCCCAUCAGCCUGGUAGAGGUGGGGAGUCAGGAGUGGAGGAGAGCGAGGCAGGGGCUGGGGCUGUCGACAGGGCCCUUUGCUGGGCCUGAAGUGGCCACUGGGCUUGUGCAGCCCCUGCACCUGCUCAGCAGGCAGCUGUGGCCGAGCGCCCUCGGCUUCCGAUACUCCCGAAUACUGGAUCGCGUGCAGCGUGCGGCCGUGUCAUCGUGCUUGGAAGACAAAGCGGUCGUUUUAUUCCCUGUAUGAAAACGUAGCUGUGUGAAACUUCGCUCUAAAGCAAACGUUAACGAAGGGAAUGCUGGGAGGAUGUGCCGUCCUCUCGGACUCUGCAGCUGUCCACCGCGCAGUGCGAGCACACCGUUGUGCAAUAGAAUGACAGUGGAAGUCACAAAAGCGUCCCCGGCCCAGCCCCAAGCCGCCCUUUAACCCCGCGGACUGUGGACAUUCCGUGUCUCGUGAUUGUCGUGGUGUGUGCUAGUGCAGCGCAGCCUCCCGCCUCAGAAUGUGCCCCCCGCCCCGGGUGCCGGCUGUGCCCCCUCCCCCGCCCAGGUUAGUUUUCAGGGCUCCGGCUCCGGCCCCCCCCAGCCCCUGCUCCUCAGGACAGCACUGUAGGUACUCGCAUUGGUUCGUUCCCUACGUCCCCGCCCCAGACCACGCGAUGCUCACGCUUCAGGACCUUGUUCGUCGAACGUGUUGGUUUUCCUUUCUGUUAUUUAUAUAUAUAAAAUAAUUUAUCAAAAGGAUAUUUUAGAAAAGCUGGUCUGUCUUGAGCCUUGUUGACUUGGCAUUACCGGGACCUCCGUGUUUGGAAGUAUUGAAGCACAAACUUGCAUCAUGUCUGUACCGUUCUGUACUGAAGCCCUCGCGUCUACUCAAUAAAGAAAUCAG